CUGCCAUCUAGAUUCUUCUUUGCGCCUUCUCUCUAGAUUCCAGACUCCCAACUCCGCUCCACUUGCUUCUUGGCGCCAGGUCCCCAGACGAGCGCACCCUCUCUCAUGUCCUAACGUUUGUUUGAAGGACGUGAAGAGACACAUGUCAUUCAUAAAACAGUGUCGUACUCUGUCAGUCUCCGUCUAUAUCCGUUAAACUGUCAGCGGUUCAUCGUGGACUGUUGACCGGCUCGGGGCUCGUGUGUGUGUCCGUUAGCCGUGAUGUUUCACAGGAGUAAAACCGUCAGCUAUUUUCUGGACCUUGUGCCGGGUAAACGUCGUUUCGGGACGUACAGGUUCCUUCCCGUGUUUUUCUGCAUCGGAGGUGUCAUGGAGUGGAUCAUGAUCAACGUGAGGAUAGGAAGAGAGACUUUUUAUGAUGUCUAUCGAAGAAAGAAAUCUGAGCGGGAAUAUCAGCGGAAGAUAGCAGAUGGUUUGAUAGUUCACAAUGAGCCAGCAGCCAAGUGAAUGAUGGUCGUCUCGAAUGUGUACUUCACGUGUCGUCUAAGGACACAUUCUUGGACUUUUACUCCUUUACUCGUUUCCAACAGUCUGGAAUGGACUUCGUAGCAUGUUACUGGGUCACAACAACCAUUUGAAAUCUCUGAAUGUUAUUAAGGAGUCGAGAGUGAAAGGUCGAUGGAGAAAUCACUUCCAACAUGCAGGUUUUAUUGUAAAUAUGAUCUUCAGUUUAAGAAACUUUAGCAGUAAUAACAUUACUGUUGUGAAAUCAUAUGAAACAAUGAAAUUGUCUCAACAGUGCUCUUAUGUUGUUUUUUGACAAAGAGUCUGUGUUGAAAACAGUGCAUCUGCACCUGCCAAGCCAAAACUGUCUCAGCCAACUUGUAACAGAAGAAAAAGUACAAAAGUUCUUUGUUUUUAGAGACAUCUUUGGAUGAUUUUGCACAGAUGUGUUUAAUACUGGCGAAUAGCCUUUGAUAACAAAAAAAAAAUGUAAUUAUAUUUCUGUUAAGAGAUCUUACUGUAUGGUACAUUUAAGAAUAUAAAAUGCAACUUACAAAGUGUAAA